UGACAUUGACACUUGUCACAGUAACAGCUAACUAGUGUUGCCAGAGCAAGUAAAUAAAAACUACCACUAAUUACGUUCCAUAACACGCAGAUUUAGUUUACAAGAAUGGAGGAUCAGUUUCAACUAUUGUUUGAUAAAAUGAAGAAUGAAAUCUCGAACCAAACAAUAGAAUUGAAAGAUUCGAUAACAAAUAAUAUAAUGGAGAGAUUAGACGAAAAACUUCAACCUAUUAUAACAGAAAAUAGAAACUUAAAAAUAAAAGUAGAAAAUCUCGAAAAGGAAGUAGAAAGUUUAAAAAGAGGAAAGAAGCAAAACAAUUUGAUAAUGUUUGGAGUAAAUGAAGGCGAAAGGUCUACACAAGAAUUAAUACAAAAUACAAUACAUAUUUUCAAAACUGACCUUGACAUACAAUUACAAGAACAUGAGAUAAACAAAAUAUAUCGUCUAGGAAAGGGAAAGUCUUCUGGAAAACCAAGACCAAUUCUGAUUUCCUUUACGAGCGAAUGGAAGAAGAAUGAAGUUAUGGGAAAGAAGAAAAACUUCAAAAAUGUAUAUGUUACAGAAGACUACACAAAGGAAGUAAUAGAGAAAAGGAAAACGUUGCAGGCGCAGCUAAAAGAGGAGAGAGAAAAGGGAAAUAUCGCGUACCUGAAAUUUGACAAACUAGUAGUAAAAGGAAAAAAUACUAACAUAAAUAAGGAAAAGCGCAAAAGAGAAACAUCAUCAUCCCCACAAAACAAUGCUCAACCAAGGAAACAACAAACUCUAAUGCCGCCGAUUAACAAUAGACCAAAUGCUUUCGACGUAAUGAGGAUUAGAGCUAAUUCUCUUUCGUCUCUUCCCGCUAAGACAACAACUAACAAAGAAUAACAAUUAACUGUCGGUAAACGGAAAAAUAAACAGCUCAACAUGAACCAACAUAAAAUAACAAAACAAAAUACUUCCCCAAGCCGACUGGUCAUCGUGGGGAAAAAUGACCACGACCCUCUAAAGGAAAAAAAUAACACUAACAUGAAAAACAAAGUAAAUGACAUCCACAUAGCAACUAUUAACUGUCGAUCUCUUAGAACACCUGAAAAACUCCAAGAACUAGAGCUGGCAAUAGAAGAGUUAAAGUGGGAUAUUAUAGGUAUUAGCGAAAUGCGCAGAUUUGGAGAAGGUAUAGAAAACCAUGGCAAAUACGUACUACAUUAUAAAGGGGAGACGCCCGGGCUGUAUGGAGUUGGAUUCAUGGUGAAAGUAAAUCUAGUCAACAACAUAGAAGAACUUAGUGGAUUCUCGGAACGUAUUGCAAUCCUUAAUAUAAAACUGCCCGUGAACGGAGAUAAAGAAGAGAGAUGGUCUAUUAUACAGGCAUAUUCACCAACUGAAUCUGAUAAAAAAGAGGACGUAAAAACAAUUGAGGAAUUCUAUGAAAAUCUCCAAAACGCUCUUGAUAACGCACACAAAAACGUCAUCGUGAUGGGAGACUUUAAUGGACAAAUUGGGAUUCAAAAUAGUGGGGAAGAAAAUACCAUAGGAAACUAUGGGUAUGGAAAUAGAAGCAAAAACGGAACAAGACUAGUAAACUUUGCACUGGAAAACAGAUUAAGUAUUCUAAACAGUUUUUAUAAAAGGAAACCAUCAAAAAAAUGGACAUGGAUCUCACCCAAUGGACAAUAUAAGAAUGAAAUCGAUUUUAUUAUGUCUAAUAAUAGAAAAGCCUUCAAGAACAUUUCGAUCAUAAACAAUUUAAACUUCCACACAGACCAUAGGAUGGUUCGAGUUGCGAUGUCAGGAAUGUUCAAGAAAACAAGACGAUUUCAAAAUAAACAAUUAGCGGUACAAUACUCAGGUGACCCUAAACUAUUACUUAAUAAUCUUCAAACAUCUCUAGAUGCCGCGGAAUUAGAGAAGAAAGAAUAUCCAUCGAUACAAGAAAAGUACAACCUAUUACUAAAUCAACUAAAAACAGUAACCAGAAAAACAAACAAAAGUAUCAAGAAAGAAGUCUCACUUACAAUCAAACAAUUAUUACAAGAACGAAAAGAACUUUUACGACAAAAGGAAAUUAAAGGAAACCGCCAAAGAGUAACAGAAGUAAGCAAAAAGAUCAGUGAACAACUUAGGAAAGAAAGAAAAACUAAAAGAUCUAAUACAAUGAAAAGUUACAUAGAAAAGACAGGAGGAAUAAAAAAGGCAUUGAAGGAGUUAAACUACAAAAAGGACUGGAUACCAAGUAUGAGAAAGAAAGAUGGUAAUAGUACAGGUAAAAGACUCGAAAUAUUAAAAAUCGCUACAGAAUUCUACCGAAACUUAUACCGAAGUCAAAAAGAGAAAGACACUAUAAAAGAAAACGACGAAAUAACUAACGAAGAAUAUAUACCGGAAAUAAUGAAGGAAGAAACCAUAAAAGCAAUAAAUACACAAAAACUCGACAAAGCCCCUGGAUCUGAUCUUGUUACAAACGAACUUCUAAAAGCAACGUUACCAGUAAUCGCUCCAAGACUUACAGAUAUAUUUAAUGAAAUUAUCAAUACGGAAAACAUUCCAGAGGAUUGGACAAAAUCUACAAUUAUACUACUACAUAAAAAAGGUGACAAAGGAGAUAUAGCAAAUUACAGACCAAUCAGUUUAAUGUCCAAUAUUUACAAAGUGUUUUCAAAAAUAAUAUUAUCUAGAAUCACAAACACACUUGAAGAAAAUCAACCCAAAGAACAAGCUGGAUUCCGUAGACAUUUUUCAACAAUAGACCACAUACACGCCCUUAGACAAAUACUCCAGAAAUUUAAAGAAUAUAACAAAAUUUACUACAUAGGGUUCGUGGAUUUCAACAAAGCAUUCGACACACUUGAACAUAGAUUUAUCUGGGACGCACUAAAAGAUCAAGGCGUACAUGCAAAAUACA